AACGAAUAACGAAUACUCACAAACAUCGCAGUCAGUGUCGGCAUUCGCUGCAUCGCAUCACAUCGCAUCGUAUCGCAUCAUACAUUGCGAUCCGCAAUCGCAAUAAUAAUCGCUAUAAUUUAGUGUCGGCGGUAAUUUCGUUCAAUUUGCUUUUUCAGGCUCGCAGAAUUUGUCAAUUUUUAAAUACGUAUACGUAAUUAAUCGUUUUCAUAAAUACAGUGAUUCAUUUUCGCGCGCUCGAGUUCGUUAUGUUACGUUAUCAUUCGAAUAAUCGCAACGUCUACCUCAACAAUGAUCACCAUUUGUCGUCAAUUUCACGCACUGCACGAUACAAAAAGUUUACAAAACCCUUACUGGAACGCAAAAGGAGAGCUAGAAUGAAUCGAUGUGUAGACGAGCUUAAACUGCUGUUUGGAAGCCUCGAGACAGAAGGAGAAAACAUAAAUAAAUUGGAAAAAGCUGACGUCUUGGAAAUGACAGUCAGAUACAUCAAACGUAUUUCUACGAUGAAAGACCCGAUUCAAGAAGCUCACAGAUUUCACGCUGGUUUCAGCGAAUGUGCGAGCGAAGCGUGCAAAUUUCUAUGCUCUCUGCCCAAUUUGAAUUCGACAGUAAGCAGCCGACUCGUAGAACACCUGAAACAAUGCCUCGCCAACCCACGACCACUCGAAACGAAUUUUCUAACAUGUGCGACCAAAUUGGAAUCGACUGCGACUCGGCCAGAAAGACCCAAUUCUGCUGACAGUGCAUCGCCAUCGCCAUCGCCAUCGCCACCAACCAAACCGAAUCGCAACUCGAGAUCAUCGCCUGUAUCGCCUGUAUUGGCUGUAUUCAAAUCUUACAGGUACGAAGAUGAGCUCGGUCGAAAUGCACACGCUAGUCGUUCGGUAGACGAGCAAAAAAAUAACUCCAUGUGGAGGCCGUGGUGAGAUUGGUGAGAAAAUUUUCGACCAGAAAUCGACUUUCACCGCUAACGCCAAGCUGAUAUUUUUAUUGAUCUCUCAAUUUCGCAACUCGAUAAGUCAUUUUUGUUUUUCUUUUUUAUGUUAAUUGUAUAAAUAAGCGACUGCCUAUGUGCAACAUCGGGUCUUAAUAUUUUAAGAAGAUAUUUUUCACGGCUGUGCAGAAUGAAAAUUCAAAACAAUGUUUUCAAAGUCUAAAGGGAACGGAGGUAACGAACGAUUUAUCCUCCAGAUUUACACGAUCAAAAUAUACCCAGAUGGAAGAAAAAAAUGAAAUUAUUAAAUUUCUUAGGAAAAACGUUGUUAGCCGAAGCACAUUUGCGCUAAUGAGUAAUUUGAUGUACAGUGCAUAGACAUAUAGGUAUGGUACAUUCAUAGGUACCGACACAGAUUUAUUGUCUUAAACUAAGUUAGCAUUUUAGAUUUGAAAUAUGUGAUUUUUGAAAACUGGUUACGCCCAUUAUCGUUUACUUCUACUUUCGUUUUUUGUGUACUUAACUACUUAAGUUAUAGUAACAUCUGUCUACUUACUCGAAAAUAAAUUGAAAUGAAAAAAUAUUAGGUUUGUUCGUUUUUAACCAGGUUUCUUACCCGGGUAAGGUUAAAUCCAGAGACCUGUUAUAGGUCUUUGGUUAAAUCAGGGGUAAAAAGUGGAGAGCGGAGUAAGGAGAGUAAGGAAAGUGUAGACCCGGUUAGACUGAGUAAUAAAAACGAACAAACCUAUUAAAAAAUAUACACGCGCGUGAAGUUACUCAAAAACUUGAAAAAAAAAAACAACGAACAACCUGAAAAGAAAUUGUACAUAUGUAAAUAUUUCGUAAGUGAUUCAUGAUUGAAUUCAGAUAACGCAUUCAUCGAUAAAGGUGUUAUCUGAAUUCAAUCAUGAAUCACUCACGAAACACAGGACGCGAUAAUACGUUACGUUACGUUAUGUUUAAUGUUGUUAACGCGACCGCCACACCACCCCACCACCUAACACCCACGCACGCACGCGACAAGAUUAGAAAAAAUCAAAAAAAACACCGAAACACGAACCACACAGGGAGCAGCACCGGACAGGGUAGCGACUAGCGAGCAGGGAUUUCCAGCCAGCCAAUAGCUAAAAGCCAAAAGCCAAUAGCUAAUGCAAGCUAAUGGUAUUUAAGCCAAUAGCCAAAAGCUGGCUUAAUGAAAAAUUGCCAGCCAAUAGCUAAUAGCCAAAAGCUAAUAAACUUGGGAGUGAUUUUCAAAUUUUUCAAUUUUUUAAAAUUUUUUUCUCAGAUUUUAUUUUUUUUUCACUCGUGACUCACGUCUUACACUCACUGACACCACAGAAAAUAAAUGAAAAUUGUCCUUUUAAUAAUCGUCUACACGUCAUAACGAGUAUUUUGAGGGGUCACAUGUAUUUUUGUUUUCAUAAGCCAAAAGCCAGCCAAUCGCCAGCCAAUGAAAUUUUGCCAGCCAAUAGCCAGCUUUAUUUAAGCUAAUGAAAAUCAAGCUAAAAGCUGAUAGCCAAAAGCUAAUCGAUGAUUGGCUGGAAAUCCCUGCUAGCGAGGCACGCGCCAAUAAUUAAUAAACAAUACUAUUUAAUAUUAUACCAACAAUUGAAUAGGCUAGAAGAAAGAAUGAACAUUGGAAUGGAAAUUCGCAAAUUUGUUCAACGACUUCGCUCCGCACAUCCAACCUACGACCUCAACUACAUUCCUACUUAUUCGUAAUGUUAAUACAAAUAUACGUUUACAUACCAUAUUCGAAGAAAUAGUUGAAAACAUAAUGGAAGGCGGCUGGAACACAAAACAUACGCGGCAUAAUCAUUAAUCACUACAGCCUAUUCUUGACCAGUGACAGGAUCAUUAAUUACCUAUUGCGAGUUAACGACCAAAGCAGGACAAAUUGCCUUCUUUACUCCAGCGGUCGUCUAGAAUUUCUUGGUGACUUCAAAUUCGUCGAAGUGAGCCAAUGCGUAAGUUCAGUUUCAGUACGAUAGGUAUAUUUCAGACGAAAAAAUGAAACUAAAACUAAUAAUCUUUUGCAUAGUGAUGUUGAGUGUGUGUUUUUUUACCUCAACUUUGGCUUACCAUUCCGCUCGAGAUCAACGGACUUUCCUCUCCUUGCUGAAUCGAAUUAAUCGAUUUUCCAAUUGCGGAUUACGAUCUUGUCCACCUUGGAAAUGCCAAGAUGAUUCUGCGGUGAUUCAUGGUUAUUGUUGUCAAUGUCCUGGAUUCGAAUACGAUAAUGUUCCGGUACCGUGUUACCCGGAUUUAAAAUGUCCAGUUUCAUCCGAGCCUCUAUGUUCGGAUUAUAAUUUUAUGAUGAACUGUUGUUGCACGGGAUCUUAGGCUAGUGAAAAGAACGAUUUUCAACAAAAUAUGUAUUUUUAAAUAAAUAUAAAUCAAACAACACUAUACCGAAGUACAUAUUAAAAUGGAAAUGGUGGAGAAACGGAAGACACGCAUUUUCUGUAUUGGCGCGUACAUUUACAUAAUUAUAAGCACAUACUAAUACUAUAUGUAAACUGAUCCUAGCAUUAUGGAAUAAAAAAUAUCCAAUGUA